AUGCCGCCCAAGAAAGCUGCCAAACGCAAGGCGACCGAUGAUGACAUAGCCAGUCGCAACGCGGCCACCGCCAAGAGAGUCGCGCUCGAAAAUGAGAAGUUCGUUACACGUAGAGAACUACCUUAUGAGGCCAGAAUAGGCAUAAGAAACUUGUUCAACUCAGUCGUUGAGACUGAUGCCGGCCAUCAGGAUUCUGACGAAUCGGACUCUAGCGCAUCGGACCUUGACGACUUUGAGGUCGACGAUGGUUACGAGAAAGCAAUGAAGGUAGAAGAGGAGUAUGAGAGAAGCGUCGAGAAGGCCCAUAGAUAUCUAGCCAUCAAAUCCGCACGCGAAGAAGAAAUCCAAGCAGGUGAUGUGCAAGGCCAAUGGGACCUUUAUUCUCCCAACUUGUUGGAUCUCCGCGAGGCCGAGCACCGAGGAGAGAUACAUUAUCACUUUCGUCAAUGGAAAACAGGUACUUUGGUCAUCGGAGAUCACACCAACAACACUGCGCUGUCUUCAACGGAUGCUAUCGCGUCACUCUCUCUCGCCGACCUUGAGAACGAUUGGCACAUUCCUCUCGAUGUCCCGAAACUGGCGUCCUUGGACUUAGUACCUCUCACAGGUGUCCGCAAAAAUUACACAGGGUCCGGAAACGCGGAGGUGCGACUUGGCAUAUCGUUUUUGGGGAACGGCUAUCUGAAGAUGAGGAUACCAGGCAUAUACAUCGGCGGAAAGAAGCAGUGGAGAAGACACAUCCCGUUGUAUGGCGUGAAUCGGACGUUUCCUCCACGCGAAGAGGAGAGUCCAGAGCCUUUACCACGAACGGAGCUGAUACCGCCUGCAACUGUAAUUGAGGGAUCCGAUCAGCUUAUCGCUGGCCCUAGUGAAGAAGUGCUCUCCCAAGAUGAGAUGUCAUUGAGACGACGGCUUUUGGAAGAGCUGGAUGACAGCUUGUUCGUGAACUGGCCCGAUGACAACUAG